UCUGUCUGUGGGGAGCUUCAGCAGCUGGCUAUGGGAAAGGAAGGCGGGGGCAGCAGCCUCUUUGGUGUUCUAGCCGCGGAGUCUCCGGCACCUGGGCGUGUUUUUCCAGACGGGGAGGGACCCACGGAGCCAACACCCCCAGGCGCCGCCUCCGCCCUCCUCCUCCAAGUUUGAUCGCUUUCCAACAGGCAGGACUCUCCCUGCUGCUGCGGCGGCUCAGCCAGAGCCCAAGCGCAGGGCGGGCGGCGGCGACUGGCUGCGGACGCCGCUGCCCGGCAGCAGAGCGCGGCGGGGCGAUGAAGGGGCGGCGGUGGCGCUGGCAGCACCGCCGCCUCGCCCUGCUGCUGGUGCUCUACACGCUGCUGCUGCUGCUCCUGGUGCCCUACGUGCAGGACUACGGGGCCAGGCGGGGGCGCGGGGCGGAGGAGGCGCCGCUGCAGCCCCGCUGCCCCAGCCUGCAGGAGGCGCUGGGCGAGUGGGGCUGGGAGGAGGAGCAGGAGGAGGAGCAGUCGCCGGAGGGCGAGGGGGCGGCGGCUGAGGGGAGCGAGGCCGGCGGCGGCGGCGGGAAGCGGCACAUCUACCUGCACGCCACCUGGCGCACGGGCUCCUCCUUCCUGGGGGAGCUGUUCAACCAGCACCCGGACGUCUUCUACCUGUACGAGCCCAUGUGGCACCUGUGGCAGGCCCUGUACCCGGCCGACGCGCUCAGCCUGCAGGGCGCCCUGCGCGACAUGCUCCGCUCGCUCUUCCGCUGCGACUUCUCCGUGCUGCGCCUCUACGCCGCCCCGCCCGCGCCCCGGGACCCGCUGGCCCCUCCGGCCCCGGGCGGCGGCGGCGCCGCCAACCUCACCACGGCCGGCCUCUUCGGCUGGCGGACCAACAGGGUGAUCUGCUCGGCCCCGCUCUGCCCGGCCGCCCCCCGGGCCCGCCACGAGAUCGGCCUGAUCGACGGCGCCGCCUGCGAGCGGAGCUGCCCGCCGCGGGGGCUGCGGGAGCUGGAGGCCGAGUGCCGCAAGUACCCGGUGGUGGUGAUCAAGGACGUGCGGCUGCUGGAGCUGGGCGCGCUGCUGCCGCUGCUGCGGGAGCCCGGCCUCAACCUGCGGGUCAUCCAGCUCUUCCGCGACCCCCGCGCCGUGCACAACUCCCGCCUCAAGGCCAAGCAGGCGCUGCUGCGGGAGAGCAUCCAGGUGCUGCGGAGCCGGCACCGCGCCGAGCCCCGGGGACUCCCCCGCCGGCAGCUCCUGCCCGCGGCCGGGGUGGGCGGCGGCGGGAUGCGGGCGCAGCAGCAGCACCGGGCCGAGUUCUUCCUGAGCGGCGCGCUGGAGGUGAUCUGCCAGGCCUGGCUCCGCGACCUGCUCUUCUCCCGCCGCGCCCCGGCCUGGCUGCGCCGCCGCUACACCCAGCUGCGCUACGAGGACCUGGUGCGGGAGCCCCGCGCCCAGCUGCGCCGCCUGCUGCGCUUCGCCGGCCUGCCCGUGCUGCCCGCCAUGGAGAGCUUCGUGCUCAACAUGACCCGCGGCGCCGCCUACUCCUCCGACCGGCCCUUCCUCAUCUCCGCCCGGGACGCGCGGGAGGCCAUCCACGCCUGGAGGGAGCGGCUCAGCCAGGAGCAGGUGCGCCAGGUGGAGGCCGCCUGCGGCGAAGCCAUGAGCCUCUUGUCCUACCCGCCCAGCGCCGAGCCCGGCGGCGGAGCCCGGGAGGGGGACAGCAGGUAGCAGCUGCCGUGGACGGGACACGCAGCUUGAAUUGCAGACGUUGGAAGGAUGCGUUACUGUAACAGCCAAGGACUGAAGAAAAAAUCAUCCCUGAAGAGACUACAUUCCACAUCCUUUCAGAACUUCAGUUUAUGCUAACAACUGUACAGUUUUGCAUAGCAGAACAAAUUCUAAUCACCUAAAACAGGUGGACACGACGACUUCAUUUCCAGUAAGGAUAUGACGGUGCAAUAUGGACAACAAUGAACCUCCAAUAUGGAGUGGUUUAUUUUACAAUUUGAAGCUGCCAGUCUAUGGUCAAUUGUAGGUGCUUUUUAUGGCAACAAGGACACUUAAAUUUUUAAAGUUACUGACAAUACUUGGACAAAUCAUCUACCAUUGCAAAAACUCUGUAUUUGCAAGCGUAGUAGUUUACACUUCAGUAUUGUAGCAAAGUUUUCACAGAUCUAGGUGGUGAGUUUUUCUAAGUGCUCUGCUUCCCCACCCUGUAACUGGGAAUUAUUUUAUCCUAAUACCAGGACUGUGUUUUUAGAGUUCUGAAUACAGUAAAUUAUAUAGUAAGUUGUGAGUUUGAUUAUACAACCAACCCCCCCCCCUCCUAGGGGGGGGGCGAACAGUUGAAGUGGUGCUUCCGUUUCUACUGCAUUGUGACCUAAUUCACAGAAAGCACUGUAACACCACACCAUACUCUUACAAGAAACUACACAGAAACCUCUGUUUGUUUGGGAGGGGAAAAAGUUCAGGGCUGAUCACUGGUGUCAGUUGGCAUAGCUGAGGUUCUGACCCCUUAUGUUAAGCUCUUACUGAAAUGCCAAGCUAAAAUCCACUUCAAGUUUGCCUAUAACGCAUACCUUAAAUAACCCUUUGGUGCUGAGAGCUGGGAUUUCCACAGUGCUCAUUGUUAAUGUACUGUAUAGACCUUUUAAAAGAAUGCUAAGGCUAUGGGGCAUUUGUUCAAUGUGAUCUGGGUUUAAUUUAGCUCCAGAUUUAAGUCUUACAAGGAGCUUGUUUUACAAAAGCUAGGACUAAUAGAAUAGAAUUCCCAUAGAAAGCUGAUGAAUUAGCCAUUCCCUAUACAGCUGGAAAUCCUUUCAUUGCAGCUUUGUUAUGGAAUGCAAAGCUGAAAUGGACAUUUGCAUUUCUCUCAGUUUGGACAAGCAGGCCAGGUCUACAUUAGAAAUGUUUACCCGCAUAGCAGUGCCUGUUAAGGCUGUGGAUUUUUUGACACAUUUCCAUGCCUGCAAAAGCCUUAGUGUAGACAGUUGUAUCGGCAUAAGUGCUUUUGCUGCUCUAGCUUAUUUCAGUCACUGAACCUGUACAUAUGUAUCAGCAAAGUGCAGACUAGGCCUCAGUCACUCUUACUGCUCUCUGUUAGAAGUUCAGCUACUUACCAGUAGACUUAAAAUCUUAAGUGGUGGUAAUAGACAAGGAAUGUUAAAAAAGAUUAGCCGGACAGCAUACCAUGGAACUGUCCUUUUGUGCCUAGAUGCUUGUGGACAGGAGUCGCACUCAGUCAUGAGUUUGAUUGUUACAAACAUCAGUGCUCAGUGACAUCAGUAUAGAUUAGUCAGUAGAUCAAAUAGAGUAACUUGCAGAGGAAACAGCAUGGUGGCAUGCACUAUGGAUUUAAAUGUGUCCAGCCUUGAUAUGCACUGUGUGCACACAACAGUGUUUUGAAAGAUUCCGUAAAUAGAUGCACACUCACCAGACUAAGAUUAGCAAAUCAGCAGUCAUCAUUCCAUAGUAAAUACUGACUACUUUAAGAGUUUGGUUUGUCUAGCUUUGGGCAGCUGUUCUUUGAACUCUUCAGAAACAAUCUGCAGUGUAAUUAAAGCCACUUUCUUAACUCUGACAUGUAAAUGUGAGCCACUGUUGAAGUUUACAUUUUUUCUAUUUUAUUUCUUACAUCAAGUGGUGGAAGGGGAAGAGUUGGUACUGAAAGUAAAUUCCUCACGUUGUCCCCUUAAUGUAUUUUGGAUCCUGCAGUCCUUCCCCUGGCAAAAAAUGUAUUGAAGGUCAAUGGGAAUUCUGCUGAAUUUAGGACUUCAGCUUUAAGCACAGCAUGACUGUUUCCGGCAGUAUUUCUGUAUUAAAACUGCAUGUCUAAGCCAUUUAUUUGGCUUUAUAAUUUACCAGUUCCUUCAAAGUUUCCCUCUUUUGGGAUGUAGGCUUAUUUUUUCUAUAUUUUAUUUUACAAAAUGGCAUUAAAACCCCAUCUUAGAGGCAUUUGGAUUUUUA